CAGUUUUCAGUGUACUCGCAGCGUUCGUGUUUGUUCUUUGUGAUUGUCGGUGAUGUCCGUCCACGUGCGUGCGUGUGUACAUAUUAUUGUUCGUUUCUGGGUACGAGAGUGUACAUGCUUUGUUAAUUGUUCGAUUUUUGUGCGUGGGAAAUAAAUCUGUAGUUAUAUAUUUGCCGCGUGUUUUUCUUAUUAAAAUUCCACGUUCUCAUUUUCCAUUCAUAUUUAUGGUGUCUCUGGGUAUAUAUGUCGUCUCGGCGACGACUCCCGGACGCGAAGACGUCGCGACGCCCGUGUUAUGAUUUGUUUGCGGCCACAGUAGCCGGAUGUACGGAUACGCGGGUCCGCCCCAUUACGGGGCCGUCGAGUCCCCUGCCGGAGACCCAGGCUAUCUUCAGCCCGGCCCCAUACCCAUGGCCAUGGUCAUGCCUAUGCCGGCCGUUUGCGAACCUCCUCUACCACCACCAACGACGCUUCAAAUGUCCGACGAGGUGGCACAAAAAAGGCGAAGAUCCGAUGAAGAGGAUUCUAACCAGAAAUAUUCUAGAAUGGAAGAUGAUAAUAUCCAAGAUAAAGAAAGAUUUGCCAGUAGGGAGAAUCAUUGCGAAAUCGAAAGGCGGCGGCGGAACAAGAUGACAGCGUAUAUCACUGAACUUUCAGAUAUGGUGCCGGCAUGUCAAUCUUUAGCUCGGAAACCAGACAAACUCACCAUUCUUCGAAUGGCAGUUAACCAUAUGAAAAGUCUUAGGGGGACUGGUAACACAAACAAUGACGGCACAUACAAACCUAGCUUUUUGACGGAUCAAGAAUUAAAGCACUUAAUACUGGAAGCUGCCGAUGGUUUUCUAUUUGUUGUCACAUGUGAUACUGGUAGAGUUAUUUACGUUUCUGACUCAGUUGCGCCAGUAUUAAAUUACUCUCAAACUGACUGGUUAGGCACGAGUAUGUUUGACCACUUACAUCUAGAAGAUGUAGAAAAAGUGCGAGAACAGCUAUCUACGCAAGAACCUCAAAAUUCAGGGCGUAUAUUAGAUUUGAAAACAGGCACCGUGAAAAAAGAAGGUCAUCAAUCUUCAAUGAGACUGUGUAUGGGUUCUCGUCGUGGAUUCAUAUGCCGAAUGAAAAUCGGUAAUAGUGGUGGUAUGAUGGCUAGUAUAUCAGGGCAUAAUCUACAUCAACGCCUCAAACAACGUAAUACAUUAGGACCAACGCGUGAUGGCAAUGAAUUCGCUGUUAUCCACUGCACUGGCUACAUAAAGAACUGGCCUCCAACCGGUCAGUUUGAUCAUCCAUUAUCUGGAGUCCAAAUUGAACGAGCUGUUGAAGAAGAUGGCACCCACUGUUGCUUGGUUGCUAUUGGACGACUACAAGUUACUUCCAUACCAAACACUACUGAUUUAGCGGGAUCUAGUAAUGCUGAAUUUAUAUCAAGACAUUCUAUGGAUGGUAAAUUUACAUUUGUUGACCAACGUGUAAUACAUAUACUUGGAUAUAAGCCACAAGAUCUUUUAAGCAAUUCAUGUUACGAGUUCUUUCAUCCUGAAGACCAAACACACAUGAAAGAGAGUUUUGAACAAGUUUUAAAAAUGAAAGGCCAAAUGAUGUCUGUGAUGUAUCGAUUUCGAGGUAAAAAUCAUGACUGGAUUUGGCUGAGAACAAAUGCUUUUGCUUUCUUAAAUCCAUAUACUGAUGAUAUUGAAUAUAUUGUGUGCACCAAUUCAACUGCUAAAUCUUCAAUGCAUUCUCCGUCAGAAAGUGGAGUCAAUAUCAGCAAUCCGUCCACUGAAUCUGUUUACCAACAACAAGCACCUGGUUUAGAUUAUACAGUUCAAAGAAGGGAUCAUGUUGCGGCACCACCUUAUCAAGCACAUGCAAUGAUCACUGCUGCUCCAACACCAAAUCAACAUAUGAUACCCAAUAACACUGCGCAAAGACCAAAUAGCACUCAAAAUGUUUUUAACACUUAUGAAACAAAUGCGUCACCCAUUAGCUACCACUCGCCUAAUCAAGGGACUCAAAGCCAAGUGCAAUCCCCAUUAAUCAAUCGUCUUACGAAGUCAAGUCCAACGCCUGCACAAACUGCAUGGACAUUGCGUCAACCGGUCACUGAAGGUUAUCAAUACAGUCAAGAAAUGAGUCCGUCCCGUUCACCAUCAGGUCCAACAUAUACACAAUUAAGUGGAGGCGCUAGGCAGACAACCUAUCACAACCCAUCCCCAGCCACUGCAUCUCCUGGAAUGUGGGGUUGGCAAGCUGGAGCAACUGGAGCCACUGCUGUAGCAAACAAUGUACCACCACAUCCGCACAGUGGCCACCCGCAAGAACUGUCUGAUAUGAUGAUGCAAAUGCUUGAUCAAAGUGCAGCUGCUGCUUCAUUUGAAGACCUGAACAUGUUCAACACAAAUUUUGAAUAAGUCUUAUCAUAAAAUAGUGUUUAUAAUUUGUAUUUGAAAUUUAAUUAAUGAAGCAAUCUCACAAAUUACCCGAAUGUGUGCUAUAAAUAAAAUGAUCAAUACCAUCCA